AUGUACGACGAUGAAUAUGGCGAUGAGCUCGACUAUGGCGACGAAGACGUAUCCGACGAUGGUGAAGGCGGCGUCAGCGACGAAGAUGAAGAGCUUGGCGAAAUGGGUGAGAUCGAGGGUCUUCAUGGAGAUCCUGGUGUCGUUGAGGUCAUCAUGGAUGAGGAUGAUGACAUGGACGAAGAUGACGACGAACUAAGUGAAGAUGACGAGAUGGAUUCCGACGAUAUGGAGGACAUGGACGACCAUGUCGAUAUCGUAGAGGAGAUUGUUGAUGAAGACGGCAAUCCCAUCGAGGAUGACGGUGCCUCAGAAUGGGAGAGCGAGUCGGAUGAAGAAGAGGACGAGGAUGACGAAGACGUCGACUAUGAGGCUGAGGCUCAGGAGCUUGAGGAAGCUCACAUGCACGGCAUGGAGCCUGGCGACAUCAUUGACAAUCUGGCCCGAGCAGUGAUGGACCCUGAGGAUUACGAGGGCGAAGAUAUGGACGAUCUCGGAGACCACUACAUUGACGAUGGUCGUGACGAAGAUGAUGAUGAGGAUGAUGAUGAGGACAUGGAAGAAGACGAGCUCAUCUAUGAUGAGGACUACCCUCACGACCAUCCGCCCCCCAACCUCCCGUCUGCCCUUGGAUGGGAUACCCUCGUUGUCGAGCCCUUCGGCGGCCAUCCUCAUCAGGUUCACCGUCACCGCCACGGACACCGUAGUCCCUUCCCCCCAGGAUUCAUGGUUGGCGGUGGCCGCGAUCCCUUAGGAGACUUCCGAAGCUAUUUCUCUCCCCGACACAGACCGAAUGCCGCGCCGAACAAUGCCGACGAUGGUGUUAACCCUCUCUUGCGCCGAAACGGCCAAGGCCGCGAGGCAUCUCCUCGCCCUGCGCCUGGUUCCGGCAUGAUUGGCCUGCGUCUGCCUCCUGAUAUUUUCGGUCCUGGUGGACAGCAUCUGUCCAACAGCCCCAUCGCCAUUCUGAACGACUUGGUUGCAUCUCUACCGGUUAUGCGCCAUGGUCAGUCUGCAGUCCACUUGUCUAUCACCCAGAAUGGACGUGGCGAAGUGAGGGAGUACCACGUUGCACCCCGUGAUUCCAGAACGGAUAACCGCCGUGAAACCACUUACCACGAGCCUCAACAAGCCGUUGCCUUCACUCCCGAGACAACUUUUGAGCGCUACCAGGAAGAGGCCCGAAUGGUGUUCGGCGGGGCCCACUUUGUUGAGAAAGCCCAGAAGCUUAUCAACAUCAUUCUCUCGAAGCUAGUCCCCCCUGCCAUGGAAUUUGAGAAGAAGCUCAGGGCUGAAGAAGAGGAGCGACGCAAGAUCCGAGAAGAGGAGCGUAAGAAGUUUGAGCAGCAGCAAGAGCAAGCAAAACGAGAAAAGGCAGCCAAGGAAGCCGAAGAAAAGGCUCUCCGCGAGAGAAAAGAAGCGGAAGAGCGCGAAGAGCAAGAGCGCCUGGCUGCUGAAGCUGCUGCCGCUACAGGCGAGCGCGAUGUGGCAUCUGUUCAAGGAAAUCAUCCAGAAGCGGCCGUCCCUUCCCAAGCCAUGGAAGGCGUCGAAACGCAAGAAGCUUCCGCACCCUCCGCAGACGACACGGCAGAUGACGGCAGUCGUGUCCUGACAAUAAUCCGGGGCGAGGAAGUUGAUGUCACCGAACUUGGCAUUGAUCCUGAGUAUCUCGCCGCUCUACCAGAGGAGUUCAGAGAAGAGGUCAUUGCGCAGACUGUCAGCACUAGACGUUCGCAGGCCCGAGAUGAAUCUGCCACCGGCGAACAAGGCGAAGUUUUCCAAGAAUUCUUGGACGCCCUCCCCGAAGACCUGCGACUGGAAAUCGUCCAGCAAGAACGUCAAGAGGCGCGACGACGGGAGCGAGAUGAGCAGCGCCGCCAGGUAGCGACCGCGGGCCAGGAUCAGAUCGCGGUCGAUAUGGACCCGGCAAGCAUUCUAUUGACCUUUCCUCCCGAGUUGCGCCAGCAGGUACUCAUGGAUCAGGGAGAGGACAUCAUGGACCACUUGCCUCCAGAAAUGGCUGCUCAAGCCCGCCUGCUUGCUCAGCAACAUAGCGUUCAUCCUGCCGUCACAGGCAGAAGCCCGCCCGUGGCAGCUCGACGGCCAGGUGCGCCGCAGGUCGAGUCUGGAGAAAGCAACGAGAACAAGGUCCAGCGACGGACUGUAGUACAGAUGCUGGACAAGGCUGGAGUCGCCACUCUUCUUCGUCUAAUGUUCAUUGCCCAGAUCGGCUCCAUCCGCAACUACCUCUUCAGCGUCCUCGCCGAUGUUUGUGAAAACCGACAAAACCGUCUCGAGGUGAUCAGCACCAUCCUCUUGAUUCUGCAAGAGGGAAGCACAGACAUGGAUGCUGUUGAGCGCAGCUUUAGCCAACUCUCCCUCAAAGCCAAGAAGCCAAAGGACAAGGAUGCGGACCCCAAGACCCCUCAGAAUCUUAAGCGAACUCUGACAUCGCUGAGCACCGCGGGACCACAGCAAUCCAACUCAGAGAUCUCGCCGCUGAUGGUGGUUCACCAGUGUCUGGACCUGUUGCAGGACCUCUCUACGAAGAACCCCCACAUUCCAAUGCUUUUCCUGACAGAACAUGAGGCGGUAGGGUCCUCCCUCAAGCGCACGCUCAGUCGCAAGGGCAAGACCAAGGACUCCAAGGCCCACAAGUACGCGAUCAACUCUCUGCUCACUCUUCUCGACAGAGACUUGGUAAUGGAGAGCUCAGUCGUUAUGGCGUACCUGGCCGAUCUGCUCAACAAAAUCACUGUGCCCCUGGCAACCAUGGAGCGACGCCGCCGGGAGGCUUUGGAAAAGGCAUCUCGGGAAGCAAAGAAGAAGGCUGCCGAGAAUGCUAUGGAGGCUGGCGAGGCUUCGACUGCAGGUGAUCAGCCGUCAAACAACGAAGCUUCCGAGACUACGAUUGCCGAUAUCAAUGCCAAUGCCGAGAACAAGGAGUCCAAGGCGCCUGGAGCUGAGGCUGACGCCCAAUCAGAGAACCCCAAGAACAACGACAAGUCAGAUGCAAGCCAGAAAACACCGCGGCAAAUGCAGGUCCCCGUCAUUCCGCCGCACAACCUCACUCUUGUUAUCAAGAUCUUCGUCGCCCGCGAGUGCAGCUCCAAGACCUUCCAAAACACCAUUUCGGCCAUCAAGAAUCUGUCCGCCAUUCCCGGCGCCAAGGCCACGUUCGGACAAGAGCUGGUUCGCCAAGCCCGUGUGCUGAGCGAGAACAUUGUGGCGGACCUCGAUGAGCUUCUCCCUCACAUUGAGAAAGCCACUUCUGGAACAGAGAUUCAAGGUGUUGCGCUUGCCAAAUUCUCUCCCGGUGCUUCCGAGCAGAACAAGCUGCUUCGUGUUCUGACAGCGCUUGAUCACUUGUUCGACAACAAGAAGAAGAACGAUAAGGCGGACGAGGAAGCGGAGACGAACAUCAAUGAGAAGCAGGAUCUCGUCACAUCCCUUUACCACAACUCAACUUUCUCGACCAUGUGGGAGAAGUUGAGCGCCUGUCUCAGCGCGAUUCGUGAGAGAGAGAAUAUGGUCAACGUGGCUACGAUCCUGUUACCUCUGAUCGAGUCUCUCAUGGUUGUCUGCAAGAACACCGCUAUGAAUGAUGAUCCGCAAGCACCCAACCAGACAAGCAAGGAGAUGCUGCUGUCAAGCCCGCCACCAGAAAACCGUAUGGCAGGGCUCUUCUUUACUUUCACCGAGGAACAUCGCCGAAUCCUGAAUGAGCUGGUCCGCAACAGCCCCAAGCUCAUGUCCGGAACCUUUGCACUUCUCGUCAAGAACCCCAAGGUGCUCGAGUUCGACAACAAGCGCAACUACUUCAACCGCAGCGUGCACAGCCGUUCUAGCAACAAUCAACGGCCAUCGUUCCCGGCUUUACAACUCUCAGUUCGUCGCGAGCAUGUCUUCCACGACUCGUUCAAGUCACUCUACUUCAAGACUGGCGACGAGAUGAAGUAUGGCAAGCUUAAUAUCCGCUUCCAUAAUGAGGAGGGUGUGGACGCUGGAGGCGUGACACGCGAGUGGUUCCAGGUCUUGUCAAGGCAGAUGUUCGAUGCCAACUACGCCCUCUUCAUCCCGGUCUCCUCUGACCGUACAACAUUCCACCCCAACAAGCUGAGUGGCAUCAACGACGAACAUCUUAUGUUCUUCAAGUUUAUCGGACGCAUUAUCGGCAAGGCCCUGUACGAGGGCCGUGUGCUUGACUGUUACUUCAGCCGUGCUGUCUACAAGCGCAUCCUCGGCAAGUCUGUGUCCGUCAAAGAUAUGGAGUCUUUCGACCCCGACUACUACAAGUCGCUCGUUUGGAUGCUCGACAAUGACAUCACGGACAUCAUUACUGAAACAUUCUCGGUCGAGGACGACGAGUUCGGCGUUACCCGGACUGUCGACCUGUGCCCUAAUGGCCGCGACAUUGCCGUCACCGAGGAGAACAAGCACGACUAUGUGCGUCUGGUUGUAGAGCACAAGCUUUUGUCAUCUGUUAAGGAGCAGAUGGAGCACUUCUUAAAGGCGGGAAGCGACUACUUCGGCUUUGCAUAA